GGGCUGAGAAGAUAAACACUCUCUCUCAUCUCACACACACACACACACACACACACACAGGGCGAGUUUAAUCCUGAGUGUUGAAGUUUUGAGCCAAAAUGGCGGACGACUCUGACAUGAGGAAUGAGCUGACCAACCUGCAGGAGCGAGCGGACCAGCUGGCAGAUGAAUCGUUGGAGAGUACUCGGCGCAUGCUGCAGCUGGUGGAGGAGAGUAAAGAUGCUGGUAUCAGAACUCUGGUUAUGCUGGAUGAACAGGGAGAACAACUGGAGCGCAUUGAGGAGGGAAUGGAUCAGAUCAACAAGGACAUGAAGGAAGCUGAGAAGAACCUGACGGACCUAGGGAACCUCUGUGGGCUCUGUCCUUGUCCCUGUAACAAACUGAAAGAGCGAGGACAGAAUUGGGGAAACAAUCAGGACGGCGUGGUUUCCAGCCAGCCCGCUCGUGUAAUGGAUGAACGUGAACAGAUGGCCAUCAGUGGGGGAUUUAUUCGCAGGGUAACGAAUGAUGCACGGGAGAAUGAGAUGGAUGAGAAUCUAGAGCAGGUUGGUAGCAUCAUUGGGAAUCUGCGUCACAUGGCUCUGGACAUGGGCAAUGAGAUUGACACUCAGAACCGCCAGAUUGACAGGAUCAUGGACAUGGCUGAUUCCAACAAAACAAGGAUUGAUGAGGCUAACCAGCGCGCCACAAAAAUGCUGGGAAGCGGCUAAACGUCUGCAAGAAAUACUUUCAACCUUCUGUCCCACUUUCAGUCUGUUUCUUCUUCUAUAUAGUCACUUGAUAACUUUACAUACA